AUGCUCUUGAGAUUUGCGCCAUCUCCUACUGGUGCUCUUCACCUCGGUGGACUCAGAACCGCUCUUUACAAUUAUCUAUUCGCCAAAAAACACGGAGGCAAAUGGAUUCUCAGAAUAGAAGACACAGACGCGGCGAGAUAUGUACCGACCGCGGUGGAUAAUAUCAGAAACGCAUUGGCAUGGGCUGGUCUUCCGUAUGACUUCGGUCCUGAGAUGGAUGGUCCGCAUGGGCCGUAUUUCCAAUCAGAACGACUUGAACUUUACCAUUCUUAUACACGCAGGCUCCUAGACUCUGGUCACGCAUAUCGGUGCUUUUGCUCUCCCGAUAAACUUGCCACCACUCGCGAGAAGCUUGCACGCACAGGGUCCAAUGCUACGUAUGACAAGUCCUGCCUCCAUCUCACCGAGGAAGAAGUUGCACGGAGAGUACGUGCUGGGGAGAGGUCCAUCGUCAGACUGAAUGAUGACAACCUCCCAGACCGUACUUCACCCACAGAUAUGGUCUUCGGUAUCCUGAGGGAUGCACAUGCCUCACUUCCAACAGAUCCCGUUCUUCUGAAAUCUGAUAUGUUCCCCACGUACCAUUUGGCGUCUGUUGUUGACGAUCACGAGAUGAACAUUACACACGUUCUCCGCGGAGAGGAAUGGCUACCUUCACUACCGCUGCACCUCGAUCUGUAUUCUUGUCUGGGUCUCAAACCCCCUCAGUUUGCACAUUUGCCCAUCCUCUUGAACCCGAAUGGAACAAAGAUGUCAAAGCGCAAUGGAGAUGUGUCUGUCUCAGACUUUAUGCGCCGUGGUUGGGAACCGGAAGGUGUUUUAAAUUGGCUUGCACUGGCUGGGUGGGGCGUGCACCACGAAAAUGGGCGUACUUCCCCACCCAGUACGCCCUCGACUCAACCUCCUGACAGUACAACCCUUAUGACACUUCCAGAACUCAUCGACCAAUUUGAUCUGUCUUCCGUUACGCAUCGCAGGAAUGUUCUUGAUCCCGCAAAGCUUGCAUACCUUAACAAACAUCACCUUAUGCGGAGCUGGCAGAGCGAACAGGGCAUUGCCUUCCAGGCAAGACGAGUACACGAUGUUGUCAAGGCCGCUUUCCCUCACAGUCAAUACACUAAUGUGGAGUACAUCACGCGUGUGAUCAGCGUCUUGCAGGGUCGCAUCACGAAUCUUCAUGAUGUUCCAACACUUGCUCCGUUCUUUUUCGUGGAGCCAGAUUAUGAAUUGUCCGAAGCGCGUUCCAUGAAGCGAGGAAUAUCAGCUGACGACUACGGCAAGUCGCACACUGUCAACCAUGUGCUACGACGAGUUAUUCUGCAACUCGAGUCUUCAUCGCCAUCGACUCAAUCGGACAUUGCAGUUUUCUUGCACGAUGGGUGCGAGAAAACAGGCCUGAAGUCAAAAGUCUUUAUGACUGCUUUGAGGCACGCGCUAUCUGGGAUGAAAGCGGGGCCCAGCCUCCCUGAGAUUAUCGAUGUACUUGGCACCGAACGGACAGCAGGAAGGCUGAAAUUGGCGCUCCUGCAAACGAGCGUUUCGAAAUAA